AUGCCAGAAAAUACAAGCCAUUCAGAAACCAGCACGUCUAACGUGGGAAAGCAGGAGGUGCCUCUGAACGCACCAUUCCUCAGGCGUCUGAUGAAGAAGAAUAAUGAACAUCAGUUCAAGAGCUUUCUCGAGCUUCUAAAGCAGCUGCAUAUCAACAUACCACUCAUAGAAGCUUUGGAGCAGAUGGCAACAUACAUGAAAUUUUUUAAGGACAUUUUGACGAAAAAGAGAAAAGUCAGUGAGAAAGAAGUAAUAGCACUAACGCAGGAAUGCAACACGUUAGUAAGCAACAAGCUACCACAGAAGCAGAAGGACCCAGGGAGCUCCACAGUUCCUUGUUCAAUUAGAGGAUUAGAUGUGGGUCAUGCGUUGUGCAACCUAGGAGCGAGCAUCAAUCUCAUGCCCUUUUCAGUUUUUAAGAAUUUGAAGAUUGGCAAGGCACAACCUACUUCUGUCGCCCUUCAACUCGCUGAAAGGACAAUUAAAUACCCGGAAGGGAAGAUUGAAGAUGUUUUGGUGAAGGUUGACAAUCUCAUAUUCCCAGCAGACUUCAUUAUUCUGGAUUAUGAAGCAGAUAGGGAGGUUUUAAUCAUCCUUGGACGCCCUUUCUUGGCCACUGGGAAAGUUCUUAUUGAUGUGCAUAAAGAUGAGCUAACCAUGUGUGUGGAUAAUGAAGAGGUGAAAUUUAAUGUGCUCAACGCAUUAAAAUUCCCAGACAGUGAUGAUUUUCAGCUAAACAAUAUUGAAUUGACUGAAGAAGAGACUCGAGUAUGUGAAGUUUUCGCGUUGGAGGGAACCCUGAAGGAAUCCGAGCCGCCAAGUCUGAGUGAACGGCAGACAAAACCAAUGCGUCCUUCACUUGAACAACACCUGAACUCGAAUUAA